AUGGGUGGUAAAGGUCCGGAGGACAACUCAACCGUUGCCGCCUGCGCCAGCCAGUGUGAGGCUCCUCGCCCGGAUUCGGGCGUCACCCUGGCGCCGGCAGUGGCGAACCCAGGUCUCAGCCGGGUCGCAUCGAGCCCGGAGGAGAUGGUCUCUGCGCCCGUCUCGCCACCACUGCCCCCAGCAGAAGGGGAGACAGCCCUGGCUACCAGAGCUCAGGUCGCCGACCGCAUGACUACAACAACUCCCUAUGGCAAAGCCCCCGAGUACUUUCCCAUGGUUGUCUACCGCAGCCCCGGCGACGCCGUGGCCACGAAACUCCCGGCAGUUGGGAAUCCGGACUUGCCGUGGCCGGUCGAGCUCCCGGCGCUGCUGCAGGAGCGCCGUAGAGUCUUGGGGUUGGCUGGGUCUCUGAAGAAGAAGAUGGGCGGAGACGAACAGGAUGAUCAUAAUGGUGUUGAUGAUGCUCAUGUCGAGAUGACGGUGACGCUGAUGGCCAUGAUGAUGAAAGCUUGA